CCCCUGACGAUUCUCGGGGAUGCAGUUGUAGUUCGAGGCCGGACGUGAUUUUAAUCUGGGGAGUUGCUGUAGCGGAUGCGGGAUGGUGCGCGCCGCACCCCGAGAUAUAUUGAUACGGAGAACACAUCCCUGUCCUUUAAUGCCUCUCGACCGAUACGGAUUUUUCCUGGACUGUGACGCACAGUGAGCAUCUUGUUAUUGUUGGGGUAUUUUUAACUGGCUAUGACGGUUUGGGGAUCUUCUGAUGUCGAGGGAGUGUGCUGAUUUGUCUGAAGGAAUCAACUGAGCACUGUUGCUAUCACCCAGAGAAGACAACCCGGGCUGAGCUGCUCAUCGCAACACACAUUAACCUUCACCAUGGCCGAAAGGACACUGGAGCAGGUCUCGGUCAGCAUCCCCAUGGAGGAGACCAAACUCCCCAGCGGGGCGCCGCCAGAGGCGCCGCUGCUCAUCCACUUGAAGAAAGUGGAGAACCACAUCACUGAGGCUCAACGCUUCUCCCACCUCCCACGCCGCUCUACUGUGGACCUGGAGUUCAAUGAGCUCUCGUACAGCAUCCGCGAGGGUCCCUGGUGGAGGAGGAGAGGUUAUAAAGCCCUCCUCAAGUGUCUGUCAGGAAGAUUCAAAAGCAAAGAGCUGAUUGGCAUAAUGGGGCCUUCUGGAGCUGGGAAAUCCACUCUGAUGAAUAUUCUGGCAGGGUACAGGGAGACGGGCAUGAAGGGCCAGAUCCUGGUGAAUGGCCGACCAAGGGACCUGAGGACCUUCAGGAAGAUGUCCUGCUACAUCAUGCAGGAUGACAUGCUGCUGCCACACCUCACUGUGAGGGAGGCCAUGAUGGUUUCUGCCAAUCUGAAACUGAAUGAGAGCAUGCAGGUCAAAAAGGAGCUUGUGGAUGAGAUCCUGACUGCUCUGGGUCUUCAGGAAUGUGCUCAGACACGCACCAACUGCAUCUCUGGAGGCCAGUGUAAAAGACUGGCCAUCGCCCUCGAGCUGGUCAACAAUCCUCCCGUCAUGUUUUUCGAUGAGCCCACCAGUGGUUUGGACAGUGCGUCCUGCUUCCAGGUGGUUUCCAUCAUGAAGUCUUUGGCUCUGGGAGGACGGACAAUCAUCUGCACCAUUCACCAGCCCAGUGCCAAGCUCUUUGAGAUGUUUGAUAAGUUGUACAUCCUCAGUCAGGGUCAGUGCAUAUACAAGGGCACAGUCCCUUACCUCAUCCCUUAUCUGAAGAACCUGGGCCUCCACUGUCCAACGUAUCACAAUCCUGCUGACUUCAUCAUCGAGGUGGCGUCAGGGGAGUAUGGCGAUCUUAAUUCGGUGCUGUUUGAGGCUGUCCAGGGUGGACUGUGCUCCGAGGAGGGCAAGAAGAACUCCAGAGACAAAAAUGACCCUUCCUCUCCCUCUCAUUGUCCUGGUGACACAGGAACACUUGAGAAACGCAGCUUUGCCACCAGUACAUUCACACAGUUCUGCAUCCUCUUCAAAAGAACUUUUAUAACAAUAUGCAGAGACAUGGUGCUGACCCACCUCAGGGUGAUGUCCCAUAUUUGUAUUGGAGUGCUGAUUGGCCUGCUUUAUCUCAACAUUGGAAAUGAUGCCAGCAAGGUCUUCAACAAUACUGGUUUCCUCUUUUUCUCCAUGUUGUUCCUCAUGUUUGCUGCCCUGAUGCCCACCAUCCUAACCUUUCCUCUGGAGAUGUCCGUGUUUUUGAGGGAACAUCUCAACUACUGGUACAGCCUGAAGGCCUAUUAUUUGGCCAAAACCAUGGCUGAUAUACCAUUCCAGGUGCUUUGUCCAAUCAUGUACUGUAGUAUAGUGUACUGGAUGACUGAUCAGCCUCCAGAGGCGUGUCGCUUCCUGCUCUUCAUGGCCUUGUCCACAUGCACGGCCCUGGUGGCCCAAUCCCUAGGUCUGCUUAUAGGGGCUGCAUCCACAUCUCUUCAGGUAGCGACCUUCGUGGGCCCAGUCACAGCCAUACCUGUACUCCUCUUCUCUGGCUUCUUUGUCAAUUUUGACACCAUUCCCAAAUACCUACAAUGGAGCUCUUAUGUUUCCUACGUCAGGUACGGCUUUGAGGGGGUGAUACUCUCUAUCUAUGGGAUGAACCGGUCGGACCUGGAGUGUCCGGACGCGGUGUGUAAGUUCCAAAAGCCAAUAGAGGUCCUGCAGCUGCUGGAUGUGGAGGACGCAAAGCUCUACGUGGACUUCAUAAUGCUGGGGGUUUUCUUCGUGGUCCUUAGACUGGCUACUUACCUGGUACUGCGCUACAAAGUCAAGUCAGAGCGCUAAAACGUCCAGAGGCUGAUGGAUUUGGACGCCUGCAGUGUGGGAUAGUAAGCAAACAUAUAGUCUCUCUUUCUCUGUCUUUACUUUACAUACAUGUACAAAGCCAUACACAAGUUCAGAAGAUAACAUCAUCGGAAAGCUGUGCUGCACCGCCAAACUGUACAGUAUAAUAUUCUCUUUUAAACCGUUUGUUAAUUAAGAAAAAAGAAAAAACGUGUUGUUCUGUCUCCCAUUAUUACACAUCCUUCAGGUUAUAGUAUGUUAAACCCACCAUUACCUUCCAAAAAUAUUGUGUAUCUGCACUAUACUUAAACAGAAUACCCAACAAAAUAUCAGAAAGCAUGUGUCUUUAAACUGAGAAAUUUGAUUUAGCCCCCAAGUUCAUGGGGAGCCAUGGUGACCAUCACGGUGCAGGAGUGUCCAAUAAUUUCUAGCUUCUUAAUCCAAUGUGAAACAAAAGAUAAUCCAAGGUUAUCUAUGGAUCAGAAUCCCAUUAUUGAUUAAUCAUUGAACAGCACCCAUUAGAAUGCCACAUGAACAUAACUUCAAGAUAGAUACCCUCUCAUUUCCAUCAGGAAAAGUGGAAACUUUCAGUGCCAGGAAGCUUUUGUGCAACUUCUCACUCUCCUGUGGGAUCACCUCAUCAUGUAUCUUUACCAAGACGCUGAACACGAUGGCUUUUCUUUUCGGAAUAGGACCUUAACGAACCGACUGCCAGUGGAGGACUUUCCUUGCUUUCCAUCUACAGUGUGGCUCAUUUUUGCAGGACCUUCUGGCCUACCAUUGUCGGUGGGAGAGCGUUUAGACAUUGAUGAAAUGUGAGGAUUGUCAAGUCUUAUACAAAGACUAGUUUGGAUUCACCCUGCGACCAGGCCUAUGAUUCCUCACUUGCUCCCUCAUAUAAGACGUUGUUUCCUCUGUAAGAGAGGAAGCAUUCAGUGAACAGGGAGCAGAUCGUGAAAUCACACAAGGCUGCGGUUUCCAGUCUGGCGCAGAGGGCUGUUGCACAGUGGGAAUGGUGCUCCCGGUGAAGUGUGACAUCCUGUAGUUUAAAAAAGUCUAAUCGGUGUCGCUCUUUUGACACAUUUCUUUGAACUCUUUGUUUCCAAUCGUCGUAUGACUCUUUAGCUGCCUCCUCCGUGAGCUAGGAAAAGGAAAUAGCGUUGUUUCUCUGCUUCUCUGCUUCUUCUGCUUUGCUGAUGUCUGACAGAUGUGUGUUGUCCAAAACAAUGCUAGAUACUUGAAAUGCCGGCUGGGCAGUUUGUGUGCCUCUGUUCUAGAAUGAUUUGAGUUUCCUCUGCUUCAUUAUUUGCACAUACAUCUUAUGUCAAUGUACAUGCUGGUUCACACACACAGACACACACACACACACACGUUCUUAUGCACACAGACAUAAACACACAACCGCUCAUUCACCCUUGGCAAUGCUUAGAAGAGUCCUCCUUGUUGCAGGGCAAUGCAAAUAUUUUACAAUAGACUUGCUAUGAAAUAUUUCUUACUUAAACUAUGCUACUUAGUAACCCUUAUUAUAAAGCAUAAAAUAAUAAGUAUAUAAUCAAUGAUUGUACAGUGAAUAUGUUAGGCUGUCAACAAAUGUACAUUUGCACUUUUCAAUGUUUGUUCUUUGUUAUUAAUUUGUAGUUUAUUUUAUUUGUAUAUAUCUAUGUGAUGCUUGAAAGUAUAACGGGAAAACAGCAAUCGAAUGUUGCAUGUUCACAUUAGGAAUGACAUUGAUGAAAUCUUAAAUUUCAGAGUGAAGUGCAAUGAUAUUAUUUCUUCAUCAAAAUGUAUGUAUCAUGCUAUGUUUGAGGAGAUACAAAUCCUCUGCUUUCUGCUAAAUAUUUAUAGGAUAUAUGGAAUCGAGUGCGUCAUCGCUGUAGAUUAAAAAAAGAAGAAAAAAUCAGGAGUGAGAAGUAUACCGUAGAAAUGUGUGAAAUGUGCUGGAAGGAAAAUAAUAAAAUGUAUCAUUAUGUUGCGAAAGAGAUUGGCGACCUCUUUAGGAACUAACUGGAUCAGUGAAGCAGAUCAGUGAUCAUAAUUCUGCUUCACCGUUCAGCAGGUGGAGUCCUGCUCAGACAGAAAGCUACAGGUGUGAGUUUGGAUUCUGUCAUAAUAGCAAUAGUCAACAUUGUGAUGUUUAAUUGUUAUACCUCAAACUUCUGUGGCAUCAGUCAGUCCAUUUGUUUUAUAUUAAGACCUUGAUAUGAGUCCUUUUGUUCCUACCAGUUUUAUUACGUGCAAUAACCAUCCAAAGGUGUUAUAACUCUAUGAGGCCAAUUUCAUCAGAGAAAUGUGAUGCUGCAUUAUGUCUCUUUUUCAUCUUUUCAUUUUAGUUGUGUUUUUGUUGCUUCUGUUCACUAUAUAAUUUGAUGGGUGUGUUUAAUGAAUGACCAUCUUGAGGAUUUAAUUUGGGGGACAGAAGCCGAAUAAUGAAAAUAUACUGUACACAGGGGGCUGGAUACGCUAAAGACACCAGGCAGAUAUUUACCUGGCAUUUAGUUCUCAAGUUAGCGGAGGACAAUGUGUAGCAUGGGAGAAGUAUUGCAUAAAGUCUGUUUUACUGUCAAUACAGCAGAUAUAUGUUUAACAUUCCCUCAAAUAUAUUAAAAUCCAUGACCUGCAGGUAUGACUUUGUAUGGUAAAAAAAGAGAAAAUGAAUAGCUCCACCCCUGGGUCGAAGCAGGGAUAAUUGUCAGUGUUGAAGUUAUAAAAUAGUCUGGAAACGUCUCCUCUUGGAACCGUAAGGCCUAUGGUACCAAAAAAAAACACACGUUAAUCUUGUAACCAAAGAAGGAGCUCGACAAAAGUUGCACUAUUGAGUUUUGUCGAGCUCCUUCAAUGUGUGUAGUGAUUCAAAUCCAGAGCGAUUUUCCUGAUUUCUUAAGAUUUGCUUUGCAGUGCCCCUUCCAGGUCAGAGGGUUGGACAGGUAUGCUUUGGGAGAGACUAACAUCACGUGUAAGCAGUGUAAGUGACUGUUGAUGAGUUUAUGUUCAAGUCAAAAUGCUUCGCUCUCUUUGACAUUUCAAUUCAUCAUUGUACUAUUCACUAUUUCACCUGUUUGUCAUAAUAAGCCACCUGACUUCUGUGCACUCUAUCAUGCAUGGUAAAUAAUAAUAUACAGGCUAUCCCUACAGAAAGCUAUGUUGUCUGAUUGCAAAUUACUAAUAGAAUGGAAGGCUGUUUAACACUGAUUGUUUUUUUCUUUCAUUUUUGUUUGUCUAAACUUGUUUUCAUUUACAGUUAAAUGUAUGGAUUCUCAACUCAAAAAAAUGCAAGUUCUGUAUACUGAACACUGUUCCAAGGAUUAUAAUAAAGAUCAUUUAUAACCUUU